GCCGGCCCGGCGCGCCGCGGCCCCGCCGCCGGAAAGAUGCUGCCCCUCUCCAUCAAAGACGAUGAGUACAAGCCGCCCAGGCUCAACCUGCUCAGGAAGGUGUCGGGCUGGUUCAGGUCUAUCCUGGCGGACAAGACUUCCCGCAACCUCUUCUCCUUCCUCUGUCUCAACCUCUCCUUCGCCUUCGUGGAGCUGCUCUACGGCAUCUGGAGUAACAGUUUAGGUCUAAUAUCAGAUUCUUUUCAUAUGUUUUUUGACUGUACUGCUCUAUUGGCGGGAUUAGCAGCUUCAGUAAUUUCAAAAUGGAGGUCAAACGAUGCUUUCUCAUAUGGUUAUGUUCGAGCAGAAGUACUUGCUGGUUUUGUAAAUGGUUUAUUCCUCAUCUUUACAGCAUUCUUCAUUUUUUCUGAAGGUGUUGAGAGAGCACUUGAGCCUCCCGAUGUGCAUCAUGAGAGACUUCUUCCUGUUUCUAUACUGGGAUUCAUUGUAAACCUUAUAGGAAUAUUUGUUUUUCAGCAUGGAGGUCAUGGGCAUUCACAUGGCUCUGGGCAUGAGCACAGCCAUUCUCUAUUUAAUGGUGGUCUCAGCCAUGGGCACAGUCACGGAGAUCAUGAACAUAAACAUUCCCAUGGGCACACUCAUGGUCAUGGCCAUGGACACUCUCAUGGUCAGGAUUAUUGUCAUGAUAACCAUUCCCUUGAAGUAAUGCCUGGAUCCAGCAAACAGAUUUUACAAGGUGUAUUUCUGCACAUUGUGGCAGACACGCUGGGAAGUAUUGGUGUUAUCAUAUCUGCUAUACUGAUGCAGAACUAUGGUCUGAUGAUAGCAGAUCCUAUUUGUUCAAUGCUGAUAGCACUACUUAUAGGUGUAAGUAUUGUUCCACUUUUAAAGGAGUCCAUUGGGAUUUUGAUGCAGCGAACUCCUCCUUCCCUGGAAAAUGUCCUGCCUCAGUGCUACCAGAGGGUGCAGCAGUUGCAAGGAGUCUACAGUUUACAUGAUCCACAUUUCUGGACCCUCUGUACUGAUGUUUACAUAGGGACUUUGAAGUUAUUAGUAGCUCCUGAUGCUGAUGGAAGGUGGAUUCUAAGCCAGACUCACAAUAUUUUUACUCAGGCAGGAGUAAGGCAGCUUUAUAUACAGAUUGAUGUUGCAGCCAUGUAGUCAAAUUCUGGAAUGGUGCUGUUGGACCAAAGUUUUCAGUACUGUACUGGUGUAACAACACUUCAUGAGACAGAGCCUGCCUCCACCACAUCUGGAAUUGACUGAAUAGAUUUCUGCCCUUGGGCUACGGAGGGAGUUCACUUCUAAGGAGUAAAUAUUGAAUGAAUGUUAUGGACUUUGGGUCUUGUUUUUUUUGGGGCCCCUAAACUUGUAAGUUUUGGAGGGUUUUUUUACUUAAUAAGAUUGUGGUACUGGAAACCCUGUCAUGUCUUCAGUAAAGCUGCUGAAACCACUGCUCAUUCCCAUAAAACCAGUGUUAUUGGCAAUUGGAAACUUGUUUUGUAGACAAUGUCACAAUGGCUGACAUGCUUCAAUAUAAUUGUAUGUUUGUACAAUUGUUUGUACUUUGCAAACUUAAUGAACCAAACCAUAUUGGGUUUUCAAAGUGCCUUUUAUAUCAGGAGAGCUAUUUGCCAGCAUAAAUAUGGAGCAUCAAAGGGUUUUAUUACUUUUACAAAUAAUCUUGUAUGCAGUCUGUUUAUUUACUAGUGAUGUAUGUGGGGGGGGUUGUAUACUUACAUAACUGUAGAUGUUAGACUUCCAUUAUAUUUGCAUCUUACCAGACAGAAAAAAUCUAAUUGUAAAAGGCAAAGAUGUUGUGAAGAGACUUGCUUCUGAGACAAGCUGGGUAUUUUGUUGCACGUCUUGUGAAAAUUAUUUUAGUCCAAAUAUUAGAUUUAACUCCAAUGAGUCUCUUCAUACUGUUGAGAGUAAUGAGACAUUACAUGAUGCUGCUCAUGUUCAGUCACUUAAACAAUGGGCAGUUGAUGGAAGAUGCUGGUGAUGGAAGCAAUGCUUGAAGUUUUUUAUUUUCCAAAUUAUGUGGUGGAAAAAACUAAGUCCUGAAAUUGUGAAAGCUUAAGUCUCCUUGAUUUUAAUAGGUUGUUAUAAUUUUUAUUAAAGCAAUCAAGUUCAAAUUUGCUUUUCCAAAUGUUGAAAAUAGUUGUUUCUGGCAGUUAUACCCAAAAUGGAAACAAGGACUGCUUUUCAUGCUGUUUUAGCUUAUGCUUUUCCCAGGUUGACAAAUCUUACAUCUUUGACUGUUUUACUGUAGCCAUUUAUGUUUUCAUAGGGGAGACAGUUCUCAGUGCAGUAAGGGUUGUUAGAUUGGUUUUUUUUCCAGGAACAUUCUUCUGUCAUAUAUUUUCUAGCAUUUGUAAUAAUUUUACUCGGAAUUCUGAGUGUCACUUCCAAAAGCAAUCUGCUACAUUUGGUAUUACAGAUGAUAGUUCCACUAUGCUGUAGUAGUUCACUUAGUAACUGAAGACUUUUUAAGAGGACAUUUUACAAACAGAACAUGGUGAAGUAAAAAGACAGGCAUUUUUUCUGAGAAAUCAUAGCUGCCACUGAUUGGUAUGGAUUUUAUGUUUAUUUUGGUAGCUGUCAGAAGUAAUACUAAAAUCAUGGCUCUGGGAAGCUGACACUGUCUAUGUAGUAAGUGCUAGGCACUGUGAAAUUACUGAAGAUUGAUUUGCAGAAAUGGUUUGUUUGCCACUGAUAUUGUUGAAUCCAUCACAUAUAUGAAGAGUUUCUUGCAUUCAUUCUGUUGUUCCAAUAUAGCACUUGAUUUCUUUUUAUGUGAAAACACAACACUUGCCAAAUUUGAUGGUGGUUCCUGAAUUUUCCCGAUAUUGAUAUUGAAACAUGAAUGUUGAUUUUGUCCAAAUCUUGGGGGUGUACUCUUGUGCUUGGAACUGGAAACCAGCUGCAGAAGAGUGGCAGUACAAAGCCACCUAAAAUACUGGUUUUAAUCUUUGCUGUCUCUUCCAGUCUUGAGAUCCUUCCGUUGCCAUUUCUGAUCCUGUUUGCUUUCCCUGGGGACACAGGGGCCAGUGCCCUCCCAGCAGGCUGCAUGUUCCCCAUCUCUCUCUGCUGGCCUCCUGCCUGGCACUCUCAGAUCUCUCCCUGUCCCACCUGGCAGAUGCUGUGCCAGGCCCAGGGAUCCUGGCUGAGAGAUGGAAGUUACACAGCACAGGGUGGGGUGCAGAAUCUGCUGAGCAGAUCUGAGUGCUGCAGUUUAAGAUGCCACGUGCAUGUAUGGUCACAGACAAGGUGAUGAAAAUCUGGUUGUGUUUUUAGGGUGGAGGUGCUGUUUUGUAGUGUGGUGCAUGUAGACUGUGCUUACUGGCUGCCAGCAGGGCUUCCUCAUUUUUUAAUAGUUACUGUUACUGCUAUUUGAAGCUGGAGAAGAUCAACUGAUACACUUUAAAGGCAAGCACCAGACAGAUUCAUUGCAAUUGUGUACACUAUUUUAGUUUCUUAAUGAAAAGACAACUGCUACCAUUUGUUUCCAAGUGAGAACCUGGCAGAGUGGUUGUUUGUUUGAUGGUGAUGAUGGUGUUCUUUUAAAUGUACAUCUACCAAAUUUUUAGUAUGGGGAAUGGAGUGAAAAGGCCUAUAAGCCUAUUAUAAUGAUACAACGAUUUUAAUAACUUUUGAUAAUUUUUUUUUUGCUUAUUAUGAAUUAGCUGAUUGUUGGAAGCAUAUGUACAAGUCUGAGUUUUCUAGUCAUGCAAGAUAGCACUUCAUUACGUUUAAACUUUUAUAGUAAGAAAUGUAUCACUUGUGAAAUAUAAUUGGGGUAGUGUAAGGAAGUCAGAUUCAAAACAGAAUUUAGCCUUAUUAGGCUUUCUGAAAAAGGAUAAGCAUCACAAAAUUCUACAAACACAGUGUAUGACAUGUUCAGCCAGUAACUGCAGUCACAUGUAGUAUGUCAGUAAACAAGGGACAGGAUUUUUUUUUCACCUCCUAAGGAGAUACUUGCUCAGGUUUUAGGAGAGUACAAACCAUACAGUUGAAAGGGAAAGUGCAGCUUUCCUCAUCCUAAGAGCCAAAGCACCAUUAUUUGUGUUUUGCUAAUUACUUAACACUGGCUGCUUCUGUAACACUUUGCUAUUGACAUCUUAUUGGAGAUGCAAGACAUGAUUUAAACAAAGAUUUGUGUGAAUGACUGACAUCCAGAGAGGGGUGAAUGUCUGCAGAUCAUGUGCUAAAACUCAGCUUCCUGGUAUCCACUUCUGAAUUUUGAAUCAGGUUUUCAAAGUGUUGUUUUCUCAUGUUUUCAUGUAGCUGAUAUUUACUGUGGGGUUACUGGUCUGGCUUGUUGGUUAUUUUUUUCUGUGACUGAAACCAGUAACUUAAAACCCUAUUGUUCCAAAGACCAAGGCUCCAAACUGCAUGAUUUUUACCACACCUACAGCAAAAUAAGAAGAUAAAACAAAUGUUACAGUGUCUGUAUUAAAACGCCUCACACAAAUGUUUUUUGUGCUAAAUAACAGUGGAAGAAAACUCCUCUUAUGCAUAUGCACAGUAAGGACUGGUCCUUUAUAGGCUCAUCUGGUAGGUGUGCAGCUCUGGAUAGACUGGCUUCUUUCAUCAGGAGGGCCCCUACAGAGAGCUGAGUUAUUCCUGUGAGUUGCUAAGCCAAGAUGAAAAGUAAAUAAACGACUCUGCUUUUUAUGUAAUAAUGCCUACUAAAGCAAAAGAAUUAGUAAAAGCUGCUGACACUAUUUUUACACAAAAAUUGAAGCUGCUACUACUAAUAAAAUGGACUUUAGUGACUUCACAUUCUUAAUUUUACUUUUUUUUAAAGAAGUAAAGCUGGGUUUAAAGGUGAAGGAAAAUUAACAGUUUCUCUUUAUAACGGUUGUAAGCGAACCUGUUCUGGGAAUGUAAACAGGAUACAAGAGGAGAGAAUCAGCUGCUGAACUGCAGUUUUCCAUCCUUUGCACAUAGUGUGCAAACAAAUUGUAAAGUCCAUGGCUUUUCUUUACAGUGCAGAUGGCCGUUGCAGUCACACGCUGCAGAUUUUAUUGCAUGCUUUUAUAAAAUGCAAACCCUUAUCUUUCUUCAUGACAUGAAGUCUUUAAAUACCAGUUCAGAGCAACAAUUUUAGUUAAUAAAUAAAUCCUGUCCUGUUUUCUCCAGUAGCCAUCAGAUUAUGAUUCUUGAUUAUUCCACCCCUUUAAGCAGGAUUUUUUUUGUUUCUUUUUUUUUGGUAAUAAUCUCUCUGAUCCUCAAUACUGACUCAGUAGUUAAUUCCUCCUUUACACUUCUGUGAAAAUCCUUAUCUGCAGCUUGCUGGGGUUCCCUUUGGAUUUGUCCCUUGUUCAGGCUUUGUUGCAAUGCCCAUCCCUGUGGGGACUUCCUUGGCCAGACACUGCUGUAAUGUGAAGCAAUGCCAGCCAUGCUGUGCCUGGCAUGCAAAGACUGAGUCUUGCUGUGUGCAAAUACUUCUCAACCUGCUUGUCUGUUUCAGUGAGCCACAAAAGGUUCCUGCCUAUGUGGUAAUUUGGCGGAAAUAAUGUGUAAAAAGAGCUGGGUAUUUCACUUCCCAUGUGCAUUGGAGCCUCUCACAUGUAUGCUGGGAUCUUGUAUAACACUUAAAUGAAUCGCUACGGUAUCUUGGCUGAAGUGUGAAAUAAUGUGAAUGAAGCAAUUGCCAAAAUCAUUCCUGGUAGCAUACAGCAUAUUGCUUGCCUUUACCUUUAAAUUAUAGGAAUUACUCUUAGAAGUGAGCUUCAGUUCAACAACAAAGUGUGUCAAAGUACCUGUGAAGAAAUCUUGCAGGUAACACAAGGCAGCUCACUAAAAUUCUGAAGACUAUGUAUGAUUUUGUUUUGGAAUGCUAAUGUUAGUAGCUUAGCCACGGCUUGUCCCAAGUGCAAUAUUAAGAAAUUUUUAAUGUAAUCUUUUCUACUUGAAUACAAUCUAUAUAAAAUGUUAAAUAUCCUAUAUUGCUGAAAAGCUAUGGGAUCAAUUUUCUUUCCAAUAAAUCUUCAGUUUUAAAAAAA